AUGGUGAAAGCUACUCGCAGAGGUCCAAUCGGUGGAAGAAGAACAACUGCAGAAGAUCGUUCUGAUGGAGUUGAAGCUAAUCCGCAACUGAUUGACGAAUCUAUUGCUGCGCCUCCUUCUCUUGUUCCUUGUGGUGAUGAAGAUGACUCAUUUGCAACAGCUAAUGAAGAAAAUAAAAGCAACGAGUCUGAGAAAAUCAGGAAACCUGAGGAAGAAUCAAAGAAGCUUGAUGGAGAAACUGAGGUACUUUCUGAACAAGUCGAUGGAGUCAAACCUACAGAGGAUGUGUCAACAGACACUGUGCCAGAAGAAGAAAUUAAAAAAUCUGAGGAUCUUCGUGGUGAAAUCAAGGAAUCAAGUCGACGGGUGUCUCAAAUCGAUGAAGACAUCAUCAGAUCUGACCAAAUUUCGGCUGAGAAAUCAAAAUCAACUGAGGAUACUGUGAUUCUAGGAGAGGAAAAUCGAGUUUUUCCACAUGCAGAUCCAGAAUUUUCUGACAAAGAAGAAGAAAAUACUGAAGAAGUAGUAAGGGACGAAGCAAUUCAUGUCUCUGAUGUUGAGAUUCAACCAACUGAAAUGACUGUUGAAGAACAGUUUCAGAAAAAUCAGAAGGAGAAGGAAGCUCGUAAGAAAAGAGUCUUUAAACAGCUAGGUCUAGCUCCUCCAAAGAAGAAACAAAAGAAGGCUGAACCAAUUUCAAAGAAAAGCAAAUCUAUCAAGGCUUCAGGCUCAGGCAAAAGUCCUUCCAAGAAAAGCUUUCGAUCAAAGCUAUUUUCAUCAUCUCAAGCUAGAGCAAGGUAUGAUUUGUUUAAAAAUAGAAACUUGAUUGAGGAACGCCUGAUUGAUUUAGAAAAAGAGGAUUCUUGGGGUUACUUAACCUUGAUCAAGAAUGCGAAAUUGGAAUCUACAGUGACAAAUCUUGGAAGUUAUGUGCGGGAAGUAGUGUCUGAAUUUUAUGCAAAUCUUCCUUGUGAAAAGUCUGAAGAAAAUGCUGAGAAGGUCAGUGUGUUUGUCAGAGGGCAUGACUAUGAGUUUUCACCAAAUAAAAUCAAUAAAUUUCUUGGUUUUAAAGAUUUAACCAAAGAGGAACUUAAGGCAGAUAGUGAUGCUGAUUCUGUUGGAAAAGAACAACUUGCAGAACUGCUAAGUGAAGAUGAGAAGACUGGCUGGGAUGAUUUAGUAUUCAAGAAUUUUUCUCCUCGAAUUGGAGCUCUUCUACGAAUCACUGCUCAGAAUUGGAUUCCUUCCUCUAAUCCAGAUUAUGUUUCAGUUGAGAGAGCUCAGCUCAUCUACAAGAUCUUUCAUGGAAUCAGAAUUGAUGUUGGUAAGAUGAUCUUUAAUCAAGUGAUGUCACUUUUUCAGAACAAGGAUGAAAGAUGGUUGGUGUUUCCCCGAAUCAUAUAUGGGAUGCUCAUAAGUCAAAAAGAAGUGACAAUCUAUUCUGGAGAAAAGUUUGUGACUCCUAAGUUCUACAAAAAGGAUGUCAGAACUGGUCAAGCUUACACUGAAAGGAUGAAGGGCAAAGCAAAAGCUAGCACUCAGCCAAAUACUUCAAGAACUGCUCCUCAAAAUGUCUCGGAACCUUCUUCUCAGUUUAAUCCAGAGUAUCAAGGCUAUACUGUUGUGGACAUUGGGAGCAUCCGCCUGCCUCACCCUGAUGAGGAUGAUAGAGAGGGAAUGUUUAUGGCUUUGUUAGACACAGCUCAGGCUAUCUCCAAGAUGAAUGAAGUAAUCCAACAACUUGUUCUCAGUCAUCCUUUGUCUAAAAGAUUGUAG